GCUGCAGGAAACCAAAGAAGAAGAAAUCCGAGCCGCUCCUGUGUUCCACAUGAUGCUGCGACUGCAGACGAAAAGCUGAUAAAAAACACAAAACAUAACCGCCUGGUUUUUAACUGCCGUCAUGGAUGAAGAGGAUACAGCCGAAUACAGGGAGCCCUGCGCUCAGUGUGCUGCUGUGGACUGGGGCAUCUCAGAUGAGGGACGCUUCUACUGCAGAUCCUGUCACAACGUUAUCGAGAGAACCAAAGAGGUUGUGGACACUUCCUUCGUUGGUGACUUUAACAGAAUCUCCUGGAUCUCCAGUAAAUCCAGAGCUAAGAAGGCGGAGCGCUGCAGGGUGUUGAUGGUGUGUGAAGUUUUCCAGUUGAUCCUGAAGAAGCAGGCCGAGGCUCUGCUCAGACUGGGCGUCAGUCCGCACUUCAAGGACGAAGUUCUGUGUCAGAUGUGGAGGCUUUACCUGCAGAAGAGCCAGCAGGCGUACACAGACAACCCGGUUAACAGUUUCAGGUUCAGAAGGGAAGGGCAGGACUCGGACUCGGACAGUGCUUCAGAUUUCCCGCUGUCGGGGAGUUCCUUGGACAGCAGGUCCGGUCUGUCUGAUUCAGCUGAUUCAGCUGACUCUAAUACAGAGAGUACCAGCACUUGGAUGGGACCAGUGAGCAAAAGUCCGUCCUCGACCGCGUCAUCGAACCCCAUCCGCAGACUGCUGCACAUGAGGAAGACUCUGGCUCUGAUUCACCUGGCUCUGGUUUGGAGCCGCGAAGCUCUGACGCUCAGCGACCUGCUCAGGCUGGUGAAAGACGGCCACGUCCCGUAUGUGACCGCCUACGAGGAAAUUCCCGACGAGAUGAAGCUGUGUGGAUCUGAGGCUCUUCUUUUCAAUGUCGAGAUAAUCCCGUCUUACCGCUCCGUCCACAAAGAGGCCCAGAGCCUGAUUCUCUUCCUGCAGCUUCCUGCUUUCCCUCCAAUCGUCCCACAAACGCUGCUCCACCCAGCGCGGCUCUGCCUGCGUUACCUGAUCGACGCCAACCUGCCCGACGAGCUGCACAAGUGGGUCUGCAUCCUUAUGGACCGCGCAAACAUGCUCGAUGAGAAAUGCCACACGGUGCAAGUCUCGCAGCGUCUCGUCCUGCCGCAGUACGAGCUGCAGGCCGCCGCCCUCAUCAUCGUCACCAUGAAGGUGUUCUUCGGCCUGGACGACCACACCGAGUGGGAUUUGUCUAAUGAGGUUGGUUCCCAUGGUGACUCAGGAAACCUGUUCAGCUUCAGGAAGUGGUACAAACUGGUUCAGGCCGCUUUGGUCCAGGCUCAGCAGAGGAGGAGCCAGGACAUCGCCAGGAAACAGUGGAAAGGAAAGAAACUGUUCUACAUAAACAAGAAGGACAGAGUUUAUGUCACAAAGAGGAGAAGAAUCUCAGAAAACAUCCAGAUGUGUUUGAAGAAGCUGGCUUCAGGUCCGCCGGCCGUCCAGGACUCGGGGCCCUCCAGCUUCCAGUUCUGCUGGGGCGACGAGGACGGAUCCGACGGACCCAGUCUGCACCGCAUGAAGCUCGACGGCGUCGUCUCUCAUCAGAAAGGCUCCACGGCUCCAUGCAACCAAAAAUACUGGCAUCUCCCCCUCCACCCCUGCCAUCCCUGGGCGUGCAGCAGUCAUUACACCAAGCUGGAUCCCAUGCUGCCGCGCUCCUUCGUUUGGCUGCUGGAGCUCUUCUCCUUCAUGCUGGACGUGGAGUCCUGGUGUCUGCUCCACGCCGUGCUGCGAGUGGAAAGACGGGUUUUUGGCAUAAAAACGGCGCAGGAGAUCAGGGGAGCGACCAGGACCAAGACGGGGAACCGGACCAGGGUCAGGACACGGACUGAGAGACGAACCAGGUCUCAGGGUGGUGAUCCAGGAAGGAAAAGCAAGAGCUGAACUAAAGGGGCAAAUAGAAUAAAUUAUCUAUUUUUCUGUUAAACCCAAAGAUGAACAGUAAAGAAAAAAAAAACACAAUUUAUGUUGAGAAAUGUCAACAAUCUCUUUUUCCUCUCAUCAAACUGCAUAUUUUACAGAAAAGACAUCAGAGGAGUGUUACUAAAUUAUUAUUAGGUUUAUUUAAGGUUUACUGUCAGUAGUGAUGAAUAACCAGCAACAUCUGUAGCUUUUUUUUUUUGUUAUGUCCAUCUGCUUUGUCUGGAAACAAAGAAACAGCAGGAAGCUGCAGUGGCAGGGGAGUGCCCAGCAGGGGGAGACAAACUGCAGCAGAAAGCAGCGUUUUUAUUUGCUAAAGAUUCACACAGAAUCAGAAGCGCUGCAGAGCUGAAACCCUCUGAAAUGUUUUCCUUCCACUGAACACAGAUGAAUCCCAGAAAAAUGUCAAAUCUGUUGUCAAGCUGCAGAUUCACUGGGACGCUUCCAACGUGUUCUCCUGCUGCUGUUGCCAUGGAGAUAUUACAACAAGCAGCGAUUGGCCAAUGGUAUGGCGCUGUGUUCGCUUACUGUAGGUUAUGAUGAGGUUCUCUGCAGAUCUUUGGUUGGAUUCAAAGCUCCCUUUGUUCAACAUUUCAUGGUUCAGAUGUAAAAGAUUCAUUUAUUAAAGGAUCUGUAGUUUUUCAGACUCUGAGA